AAUUACGCACAAACACUAUCAACAGACGGACAAGCCAGUUUCUUUAAGAAACAUCUGCGGUCUUACUGUUUAUAUACUUAUGCAUUGAUCACUUGGUUGGAAAUUUCCCAACAAUGAAAUUCACCGCAGCAGCCUUUGUUUUUCUGACAUGCAUGACACUGCUGUUCACAACAGAAGCCAGACUACAGCUACGCUGCCCGUGUAUUAAAAUGUAUUCGGGAAAACCAAUUAACCCUAAACUAAUACAGAAAGUACAAAUGAUUCCUGCCGGAGCACAGUGCAAAAACGUGGCGAUCAUUGCCACUCUGAAAAAUGGGCAGACGUGCCUCAAUCCCAGAGAUGAAUGGGUGAAAAAGAUCAUCAAAGGAUAAUUUCCCAUCUGUGUUUGCAUGCAGAAGUUUAUGGUUUUUCUUACUGUAUGUUGUAGCACAAAUUUUCUUCUGCAUAUUUCUGCAGACCUGUGAAAUGCAUUGGUUAAAUGCAAAUAUAAUUGUAUAAUCCUCACUGCAAAACUUUUUGGAUGCAGGUGACUUGCUCAUUAGAGAAACAUGUUCUGAUGAAGCAAAUAAAAAAUUUGCAUGGCAGAAAAUGUCUUGUCAUUUAGGCUGAAAGCAACAUUUCUGACUAACACUUUGCAUGAAUAUGGAACAUUUUGUAAUGUAGAAAAUAUAUAUAUAUAAAAUAAAGUUUUUUUGUUGUU